AUGGCUGCAACAUUGACUCGUCACCAUGGCAGUUACGCCAGACCACAAAAGACCUUACCCAUUGCCAUGCCAUCGACAAAGACGCCAAGUGCAUACAGCCGGCCCGUGUCAAGAGUUGCCCUCGAACCACCCGAGCUUUCAGACACCAGCACAGUCUACAGCAGCCGACGUUCUGGCGGCACCCUCAGCGAUAUCAGCGAUGAAUAUGAGUCGCGGCUCCCUGGCGGCAUCGAUGUCAUGGACGAACUUAGUGAGCGAAUGAACACAGUUUUCGAUCCCAUGAAGAUGGACCGUUCAAUUGCGCGACAGGCACAGACAUCUGGCGAGCUGAAUGCAAAACAGCGGGAAUUGGCAGAUUUGCAAGCACAAAUGCAGCGACGAAUAAAGAAGACAAGAGUCAAUUUUGACACCACGCUCUCCAACGUCGAAGAAGCGCGCUCUGAUCUGAAAUACUCGAAAGAGAAAAUCGCAGCAAUGAAAGCACGAGCGAUGAAAGAGGAUCCCGACGCUUACGAGUCUGCUCGAAAAAGUCGACAUUCGCGUAGAUGA